AUAUGGAGAACAUUCCUGCUAUCCGUAAGAAGAUGGUUUAGCAGGUUUAAUAGCGUUUCUGAGUCUGUGAUUCUAACAGCCCGGUUUGUGAUAUUUAUUUUAGUAUUCAUGUUCUUGCAGUCCUUUUUGCAUUCUCUGUUUUUCCCUGGCAGACAUCCCGCAGCUCCGUAAGUCUGGGGGAAGAAGAUGGUUAGCAUGUUGUUGCUGUGGGGAUUUGAGUCUUACUCCUCUGUGUUGGUAAUGCUGGGCAUAUAAUUUUAAAACUUGCAUGCUGUAGAAGCAGAUAAUUAUUUCCCUGCUGCAUUUUAUACUCUGGUUUGGGAAAGAAAGAAAUUUCAGAAUAUUAAAGAAAAUGUUAUGAUUUGGAGGACUAUUGGAAAUGGAAACAGAAAGAGAGGAGUAAUGGGUGUCAGUCUGGUUAUCAGUCAAACUGGAAAGAGACAGCUUGUUCUGUCGAACACCGAGAAUGUUAGUAGUCAGCCAACCACUUAUGCAAGAAGAAAAGCCUAGACUGAAAGGUUUUUCAGAGGAGAGUGUGCUGACUGGGUAAGGAGAUGUCAUGGUGGUCUUCCGUCGAUGUAGGAAGAUAGCAGAUAUGAUCGCCUGAAAAAACUGAACUGCACAUUGCAAGCAUGGCUUUCGCCCAGUCGCACAUUGUGGCAGCUAGAAGACAUCAGCACAGUAGACUCAUAAUUGAAGUGGAUGAGUACAGCUCUAACCCCACACAGGCUUUCACGUUCUACAACAUUAACCAGGGACGUUUUCAGCCCCCACAUGUGCAAAUGGUUGAUCCGGUGCCCCAUGAUGCUCCAAAACCUCCAGGAUAUACACGAUUUGUCUGUAUUUCUGAUACUCACUCAAGAACUGAUCCCAUCCAAAUGCCAUAUGGAGAUGUGCUAAUACAUGCUGGUGAUUUUACUGAGCUGGGACUUCCUAGUGAAGUAAAAAAAUUCAACGAGUGGCUUGGUAGCCUGCCCUAUGAAUACAAAAUUGUGAUAGCAGGAAAUCAUGAAUUGACCUUUGACCAGGAAUUCAUGGCUGACUUAAUCAAGCAGGACUUUUACUAUUUCCCCUCUGUUUCUAAGCUGAAGCCAGAGAGCUACGAAAAUGUACAGUCUCUUCUAACAAACUGCAUCUAUCUUCAAGACUCUGAAGUGACAGUGAGGGGAUUCAGAAUAUAUGGCUCCCCUUGGCAACCUUGGUUUUAUGGCUGGGGCUUUAAUCUUCCACGAGGCCAAGCACUAUUAGAGAAAUGGAACCUUAUUCCAGAUGGAAUAGAUAUUCUUAUAACACAUGGACCACCUCUCGGUUUUCUAGACUGGGUUCCUAAGAAAAUGCAACGGGUAGGAUGUGUGGAGCUGCUGAACACAGUCCAGAGACGAAUACAGCCAAGGCUUCAUGUUUUUGGACAUAUCCAUGAAGGUUAUGGUGUCAUGGCUGAUGGAACUACUACCUAUGUGAAUGCAUCUGUGUGCACGGUGAAUUACCAGCCGCUUAAUCCACCUAUAGUUAUUGACUUGCCUACUCCAAGGAACACAUGAUUGUAAUGAGGAUUUAAAGUUGUGCCCAACACGUUAGCAACUUUAUAUUGCUGGCUGAGAAUCCCAGUAGGGAACUAUUUCAACAAAAAAAGCAAAAACCACCUUCUUUUUUCCCUGCUAGCCCUUCCCAGAUAAAUAUUGAGUGACAAAAGUGAAUGGAACAAAGACAUUUUGGUGCCAGAAAUAGAUUAAAUACUUUGACAUUUCGCCAUUGAAAUAUUUGUGAACACAGAAAAGUGAAUGCAUUCCACAUAUAUAUAUACAUAUACAUAUAUAUAUCGCAAGUAGGGACUUUUGUAUAUACCAUACCUUAUAUUGGACUUAUUAAAAGAACAAUCUUUCAAAGGAGUGUUUCUUUAAGAAAGUUUGCAGUUUAAACUUAAAUGUUUAGACUAGGAUUUCCUCAUUGCAGAUGUUUCUCAGUGAGCUCUUGGUAAAAGAAAAAUGAUGGUAAAGAUGUUUCCCCUUAAUUAACAUGGCAAAUAUAGAAGAUGGUGCAGGAAUGACCAGUCACAGGAGGAAAGCUAUUUACUUCAAGUCCUCCAGGUCUAAGUCUUUGCAUCUAUCCAAAACCAAUGCAAUAGAGGCCCUAAUUCACUGUACUGAAAUGAAGUUUUACUACAUCUGGCAUUACAGAUGGUAAGGGAAAUGGUGCAUAUUGCUGGCAUGCUGUAAACAGCUCAACAUUCAAGAAGGGAGACUGUGUUAAGUGCAGUAUAAACUCAGGAAUUUGUAACCUGAGUUUGUAAAUUUCGCCUGUGAAAAAAAGGAAGACAUUUCCCUUUAAAAAAGAAAAAGAAGAAAAAAUGUAACUGUGUUUUCCUCUGGUAGGGUGCUACGUGAUUGUAUUUAAAAAGCACCACCCGAUAUUCAGUACUGGUUUUUUAAAUAAAACCCACUGGGUCUAUUUGUUUAAAACCUGUUAGUGGGACAUGCAGCAAAUUAUGAGAUUACUGGUUGAAAUCAGGCCUCAGUCAGAAGUGAUGAAAUAUCGUUGUGUUCCUUUUGUCAAGAGGAUGGAUGUCAAGAGGAAGGGGUCACCUCAGGGUGGGGUUUGGGUAUUCAUUUUUGGGUAUCUGUAGUGGCCAAAGUGUGGUGAUUGAUGAGUAUGUGCCAUUGGGUACAGAGCAGGGCUGCCUCACAAAAUCUGUCACUGCUCUUUGCGUGCUCACAGAUACCACAGAGAGAAGCCCAAGACAAAAUCAUCAACUGAGUUGGAAUCCUUUUGUUGUGUUGCAUGUGACACCAGGCAAAGCAGGGCAUGUCUCAGGAGCUGGUUGGGAUGGCCAGCGCUUGUACUGCCCAUGCAGCUUUCCUUCAGAUUGACAGAGGUUAACUGGGAUUUCAGUCCUAUCGUAGGGAGAAGCUUAAGAAUUGAUUACACACCCACAAAAAAAAAAAGUGCUUUAAAUGUGCCCAACAAGAAUUGGGUUUCUGACUUUAAUUAAUAAACUUUGUGCUUGAAGAGCAGCCUUUUUGCCUUGAUGGAGAUAAUUUAACUGCUGUAUUCUGAAUGUGGAUAUCCUGAAUUUGGGACUGACAGCAUCUAGGCAUUAAUUGCUUGCACACAUUGGACAGAUCAUUGCACUACCAACACAGGGGUGUUUGCAGGUCUGUGCAUAGCCCACUCCUGCACACGUGCAUUGGCUAAUUGUGUUCAUUACAUUUUGCCUGAUACAUGGAUGUAAAUGUGAGAUUCAUGUAGCAGCUGCAUGCGCACUAUAUGCAUACACAAUUUAAAAUACCUGUGUCACAAAACCAGUGAUGUCAGCCUCAAUUCUAAGCGAGGUCGGCAGAAAUGUUGCAUUUUGCUGGCUUCCCAUGGGCAGCAGCUCUUCCAACUGCUGCUGGGAGCAGUAACAUUUGAGCCCAGUAAAAAGCUCACACUGUGGACCCAUCAGAAACCACCAGACCACCAGAAAACAUGACGAGUCAUGGGUCUAUCAUUUCUUCUAAGCUGCUGGGUGACUUGGGGUCUGAACUAAUUUGCUGCUUUUUCCUGAAGUGAAACCCAAAAUGAUCAAUGGUGCCUGCAACUGUUUUUGGGGUGAAUAGUUCACAAGUGCAUGAGCAGUCUGUGAUGAGUUCAGAUGGGCCCAUGUUUGUCAAGACUAUUGGUGUAAAAGUUGUGGGGUCAGCUCCUAAAUCAGCAAAGACUGAAAUUCAUAGUUGUGUAUGAACUCCCACCAUCAUUGGGAAGAUGAGCAAUAGCAUGUAGUUAGAAUAAAAGUGUCUUAGCUGGUCACAAUUCAAGUGGUUUGAAACAAAUGUGGCAGGAAAUUGGCUGUAUGUUAAAGAAAUCUGAAAUGUUUACAUUCACUUAUGGCACUUAAGAGACUAAUGUUCAAGUGGGGGGAAGAGGUCCUUUUAUUAGCCUCAACAAAAUUUCUAUGUCAACCAUAAGCUAGUCUCUUAAAAAUAAUUUUUCCUAUGGUAUCUUCAAAAUACUGUGUAUUUUUAUGUGGAAAGGAGACGAAAGCAGCUCUUACUUCAAAAUCUCGUUUAAAAUACUUGAGGUAUGAAAACUUAAAGGUUAUUUAAUCAUUUAGGCAUAACUUGGUUGUUGUUGUAAUUUUUGGUCAAGCAUGUUAGACAAAUAAAGUACUAAAAAAACCUCAACAGAAAAAACGACCUCUUUAUAUCCACCUCAUGCAUUCAGGUCCGUGUGGGACAAGCUGCCUGUCUUCAGGUGUUCGACCCAGCCUGUGGGACGUUAAAGUCAUUUUUGCAAAGGGCUGCAGAUCAGCUAGGGAGGCAAUAGGCAAGAGGGGCUGGAGGUGAUGGGCAUAGGGCACCUUGUUCCAUCUCUCAGCUUCAGGCCACCACAUCACCUGCAAGAAGGUAGAAAGUUGAAAAUUGGGGUUGUGGAGGGGAAGACAGCAACCACUUCCUUGAACUGAUAUGUUUUGGUGAGGGGAUGUGCCAGAUGUGCCUGUGAGGCAGGAAAAAGCUAACACGGAGCUGUGAAGCGAUUGCGAACCAAGGUGCCCUCUGGGACUGGGUGGCAGUCAGGGGAAGGAUGAUACUCUGAGGAUUCAUAAGGACACGAACUUCACAGGGAGAUUUAGACAAGGUGACUAUAUUUAAAUUUUGUGGGAACAGUCCGGGGCCCGGGCUUCUUUUCUCAAAUCUGACCUACCUCCCAUUGGCAAGGCCAUGAGAAGGAAGGUUUCCACAAAUGCAGUUUUGCGGUUGUUGGUCCUAUUUAAAUUCAGGGAUGCUCUCUCAAGUCAUUUCCCACUGCACCUCCCCAGUGCUGACCUUCAUUAAUAUCUCUCCAGGUAGCAUCACUGCCAAAGGUGUGCUGGUGUGCAUACAUGUGUGUUCCCAUCAGAAGGCAGAAUUGUUACCAACAUUAAUUUCAGUUCAUUUUGAUGAUCAAUAGGGUAGAUAUCACUGCAUGUCAGUGGAAAAAAGACAAGAUUAUUUUUACCUCCCUCAGUUACAUAUGGCCGAGGAUGUGAAACACUCCUUGGCUACAAGGAACCAGCAAGCUGGGACUCAGCACCCACUGAGCAGCUGCCUUUUCCCAGUCAGCCCCCACCCACUGCAGCUGCACUGCAACCUGGGGAACUGGGGCUCCAAAACCAUGCGAGCUCUUCAAGGAGGUCACUGCAGGGAGGGAGGCAGCGGCAUGUGGUGCUGGCCCUCUGGAUGCUCCACCAGUAAAGUGACUGCGUGGAGGGGAGGUAAAAUCCUUCAUCUUUGGAUGAUGCAUGGGGACAGGGUGGGUGGUGAGGUGCUCUGGCCUUGCUGCAGGAGGGAGCCAGAGAUAUAAGAAGUAGUUUGUCUCCUCUAGUUGAUGAUUUCUGCCAAUAGCCAAUGUAAAUACCUCAGAGGGGGGAACUAGACAUUCUUUAGAAGGCAAAUUUUGGAAUAAUCUACCAAUGGGGGAUCUUUGCCCUCCUCCCGUUUAUUCUUAUUUGUAUGAGAAUUUCUCUUAAAACUCCAUAUCACCACUCACUGCUAAUAUAACUCACAUAUAGCAAAUAUAGCUGCAAAUGUUCUCUUUCAGGUACAUUGCUGUCCCUUUCUUGGAAGUCUCUCUGCAUCUGCAAUUUUAGCAAUAUUUCAGAACAGCGCGCUCCCUGGGUGAUUAGGCACAGUGCAUUAGAACAACACUAUUUCGCUUAUCCUUGUACGUGUGCUGCCAUUUGGGUUUAUUGACUGUCCCUUUGUUCUCUUUUUUAUGUGAAAAGUGUAAAUAGGAGCACUUAUAUGUACUUUCUUUGUGCCAUUCAUUAUUUUGUGUACUGCC